AGCUGGUGAUGAGGCAGAGGACCAACUGUGGGAGGAGAUGCGUCUUGCUGAGCAUGAGCGAGUGUCGCGAUUGAUUGAACCAGAGCUACAAAGGCCGAAGGCUGCAGAGGCUGCCAAGGCCCGCCAGCCAAAGCAUUCAGCAUCAACUUGCGAGGAACAAAGUGAGGUUCCUGAGAUGCUGCCUUGGGAAGGUUUGCGGGUGGAGGAGGCCUCCGCCACCUUGCCAGCCUCAACCCCUUCUUCACCAUCUCGGCCUUCAUGCCCAAAGUGGCAUGUGAGAAAUUUGACUUUCCUCAAAGAGCGCUUUGAGAAGAAGAGCAAUCUGAACCAGCUUCGUAAAGAGUUGCAAAAAGUGCUGAAGCUUGAGGCAAUAGAGGAACACCGGAUUGCGGUGCUCAGGUUGGAGUCAUUGAAGCAGAAGAGCUUUAUCACCGACGAAGCACAAGGAGGAGAAGACUGGCAGGCUAUUAGCGAAGCUGCAGCAAAUGUGGUGGAGCAGACGCAACAGUUGCUUCAGCAGGCCAUGGAAGUUCACGAGCAGAUCCAAGAAAAUGCUGCAAGCCUCACUCCUGGAGCUGAAAUGAUGCGCAGCAGGGACGACCUGCAACAGGCUCAUGAAACGAUUCAGCAGUUGAAGAAGCAGCUAAGUCAAGCUGAAAGGAGCAGAGAGGCAGCAAGGUCUCUGGUGCUUCUACACAAUGAGAUGGACCAACUGCAGAACAAUAAGACGAAGAGGGAUCCACAUUUGGAAGAGAUCGGGCAGAAGGUCCGCGAGCUGGAGCUUGACUCCUCGCUGACGGAAGUUGUAAAGGCACAAUCAACAGCUGAAGUCAUGCCAGAAGUGAUUUUGCAUGUCAAGCCGUCGAAGGAGCUUUGCAGAUUCCUGGAAGUGGGCAAAGCACUCUCGCUCAAAACACUGAUAGGCCUGCUUGAAACUGAGUGGGCCUUUCAGUUCAGGCGCCAGGGCCAGGAUCAAAAUGAUCUUGUCCUUCCGAUCAAGCCAUUCAUGAAGGCGCUUCGAGCUUGCUAUCCUUCAAGCGGUAGAGCUGUUCUUCUAUCUCUCAUUGGAUCUAAUGCUGGCAGUGCUGGCAGCAGGUAUUUGCAGGUGGAGCUUUCUUCUGCUGAAUCUAUCCGGAAGUAUGCCGGCAGGAAGCCUGAUGCUGUACCCAGCUCGAUCGGGCUGCUGCAGAGCUUACUCGGUCUGAACCGCCAGGUUCACUUGAACGCCUCUCUCCAGAAGUUGAUCCGCAGCGCCUUGUGCCAAAAUGUGGACAUACCACAAAAUCUGAAGGAAAUUCUGAGGAAGUACCAAGCGGAUGGGUUUCGAUGGUUGGCCUGCAAUGCUGAAAAUUGCAUAGGAAGUCUCCUGGCGGAUGACAUGGGUCUUGGAAAGACGCUGCAGUGUGCGGCAUUGCUUCAGUAUCUUUGCCAUGAAGGCAAAAUCUCUGUGGAGAAGCCAGCUCUCGUAGUCGUGCCCUUCUCCGUUUUGGGCAACUGGAAGACUGAGCUGAGGCGCUGGACACCAUCUUUGCGCCCUAAAGUCUACCAUGGAAAAGCGAGAUCUCUACAAGGCGAUGCCGAAGUGGUGAUCACCACCUACAGCAUCCUCCUGUUAGACCAAGCAAAAUUUAUUUCUUCAGGUUUGCAACUUGCUUGCAUGGUGCUGGACGAAAGCCAAUACAUCAAGAACUCACAAAGCCUGACAGCACAGGCAGUGAAGAAAGUCGCUGCAAAUAGUGGAAGCAGUUGUGCGAGGGUUGCGCUGACAGGGACUCCAAUAGAGAACCGCCUGACGGAGCUUUUCUCACUCUUUGAGUUCUUAAACCCGGGCUUCCUUGGCACCAAGGAAGAGUUCUUAGUCAAUUUCGAGCGGCCGGUUCAAAAGGCGCUUGGGCGUAAUGGCGCAUUGGCAAAGCUUCGAGCAGCCUUGGAGCCAUUUAUGCUUAGGCGCCACAAGAAUGACAAAGCCAUAGCACCAGAGCUGCCUGACAAGGUUGAGUACGACUACACGGUGGAGAUGACACAGGAUCAAUCAAGGCAGUACAUCGCUUGGGCUGAGCGCGUGCUUGAUGGAAGCCUGGUAUUUGAUGCAGAGGCUGGAAAGUCACCAAACCGACAGCGUGCGGUACUCUUGCUGCUGCACCGCUUGCAGCAGGUGGUGAAUCACCCAGCUGCAGUGCCACCCGAGCAUCGAUUGGAGCAGACCUCACACGAGGCAUUCAAGAGUGGGAAGAUGACGCGUUUGCUGGAACUCCUGGAAGACAUUUGGGAGAGUCCCGAGCAAAAGGUGCUCAUAUUCACGCAGUAUCUUGGCACGCAGCAGCUUUUGGCCGAGAUUCUGGCAAAUCACUUUCCAAAUCUUAGGCCAUUGCUUAUUCGUGGUGACCAGAGCUUCGAUGAGAGGCAGAAGGCCAUUGCAGACUUCUCCAACGAUCCGAGCUGUCGCGUGAUGAUUUUGACCUUGAAGGCUGGCGGAGUGGGCAUCAACCUUACUGCCGCCACUCAUGUAGUGCACUUUGAUCGCUGCUGGAAUCCAGCCAAAGAAGCGCAGGCAACGGAUCGAGCUCACCGUAUUGGGCAGCACCAGACUGUGUUGGUGCACCGCUUCACUACUGUGGGUACAUUCGAAGAGCGAUUGGGAUUCAUCAUGGCGGAGAAGAGAGCAUUAGCGGAUGCGGUUAUCGCGGGAAGCUCCUGAAACUCAGCCAAAAGCUGUAUGUGACCGUGUGUGAGCCGUGUGUGUGUGUGUGUUUUCUCAGCCAGUUACUGUGUAGAGUCCAGUGUAGAGUUCACUUACGUUCCCUAAGUGGAAAGCCUAACGAGCACCCACAAGUCCAUGAAAGCACUGGAAGGCUCCCUCGAGCAUGGCAACGUUGUCCAGGCCAUUUCGGAGCUUUCUGACGCGCAGCUGCGACAGCUUUUCAGUCUGACCUUCUAGACAUUUUACGAUAAGUAAGUAGAUCUUCACUUUUUAUCAACGAUGAGUCAUGCAGGAAUUCCAACAAGAGCAUGCAGGACCAACGCUUUAGCAUA